CCUUACGUCAGCCCUCACUCUUUAACAGGCUGUCAGCGCAGGACGCGCGCUGUGGUGCGCGGAGAUGACAGCGACGGAGCGAGGAGGAUGUUGCAUUUGCACACCUGUGGAGCGCGAAGAGUCGUGCGUUUGAAACGGGACUUAAUUCAUUCUGGACUCGAUGCAUUUGCGGUUCACGACCAGUGAUGAGUUGGCUCCUGUUGUGGAUUCUAACAGCAGGCGGAAUUCAACAGGCCUUCUCCCAGAAUUCCACUGCCAUGCCGCCUGCCACAGCCGUCACAUCCACACCCACAGAUCUAUACAACCGGACACAGUACUGCAAGUGGCCCUGUGAGUGUCCCGUUGCCACCACAUCCUGUCCGCCCGGUGUGAGCCUCAUCAUGGACGGAUGUGACUGCUGCAAAACCUGCGCCCGGCAGGUGGGCGAGGUGUGCAACGAGGCGGACACGUGCGACUACCACAAGGGACUGUACUGUGACUACAGCUCGGACAAGCCUAGGUACGAAAAAGGAUUGUGUGCAUAUAUGGUGGGUACAGGCUGUGAGCACGAUGGUGUGAUCUACCGCAACGGGCAGAGCUUCAAGCCCAGCUGUAAAUACCAGUGUGUCUGUGUGAACGGUGCCAUCGGAUGUGUGGGACUGUGCACAGAGUCCAAGCCUCCCCGGGUCUGGUGCCAAACCCCACGUCGGGUCAAAAUUCGUGGACAAUGCUGUGAGCAGUGGAUCUGUGAUGAGCCCAAGAGGGGGCGCAAGACAGCACCGAGACACGCUGUGGAGGCGUAUACAGCUGAGAUGGGGAGCUGGCACAAGAACUGCAUUACCCAGACUACCUCAUGGAGCCCCUGCUCCAAGACCUGUGGUCGCGGCCUUUCCCUGAGGAUCUCAAACGCCAACGACCAAUGUGAGAUGGUCAAGGAGUCUCGUCUCUGCAACCUUCGACCCUGCGAGGUCGACAUCACCAAACACAUCAAGCCAGGAAAGAAAUGUCUCAACAUCUACAGGGAAGAUCAGCCAUACAACCUCACCAUCUCUGGCUGCACCAGCAAGAAGAAUUUCAGGCCCAAAUACUGCGGCGUCUGCACCGACGAGCGCUGCUGCAUCCCCUACAAGUCCAAAACCAUCGAUGUGGAGUUUGAGUGUCCGAAUGGGACAGGAUUCACCUGGAAGAUGCUGUGGGUUCAGGCCUGUUUCUGCAACCUCAGCUGCAAGAACCCCAACGACAUCUUCACUGAGCUGGAGAGUUACUAUGGUUACCCCGAAGUCAUGAACUGAAGACACGCUCUCCGUCUGGAGGAGCACCUCGACUUAUUCCUGCAGUGUUUUUGUAGUUGUAAUGUGUAAGACUAUGUAUAAGGGAUUUUCAUAUGGUCUUUUUCCUAUUGGAAAAAUCUGUAAAUAUGAAACAGAACAACUCAUAAAGCAUGACGUGCUUUGCAACUGGACAUAUUCAGCCGCUGAGUGUUUGUGCAAUAUGGAAGGCCUAACUUAUUAAAGCAGCUUUCAGCGUAUGUCAUAACAUGUGUGAUGCUCUGAACCUGCUUUCAAGAGCAUCGUCUUUAAACUCAGACGCCCACUUAGAUAUUGAGGCUUUUCUGUAUAUAAUUUCACGAGUAAGUUCUCUACAAUUAAUGAGAGGCAGACGAGCAGUACAAAUGUGUGUCCUCUUACAAACGACCACAAAUAAAGACAUCAGCUGAAAUCUGUUACAAGGUUUUUAAUUGUAAUUUUUUAAUAAAUACAAACUGUUAUGUCAUUUUUAUGCUUUUCUACAGCAUUAGAUGGUUGUACAUUGCAUCUUUACAAAGCUGUGUAUGUGUAUGUUCUACGAAGCAAAAACGUUUCUGUAGUGCAAGUAUAAUGCAGGAGUAGAGGGUGUCGUCCUCGCGGUGACAUGUGGACCGAUCACGCCACUCACCCGAGAAAUCCACGACAUAGGAGCAUCUCAUCUACAGAGAGAACAAUUUCAUGGCACAUCUUUGUUCCAUUGUGAUUGACUGCAUAGAAAUCAUCAUUAAAAAAAAAAGGGAAAUCUUUUUUUUCGUUUGUAUUCUGCCAUUAUUCUUUAAUAAAGCAUGAGAUGUAAAAGUUUUAAAAUGUGUGUAGUUUUUUUUUGAUUAAAAACAAAGCGUAGAUAUGUAACUUCUGUAAAAGCAGAGAGAGAGAGAGAGAGAGAGA